AUGAAGGCCACUUUAUUGUUGAAGGCACAUUUGUCUUCUGUUAGCUAUACAACCAAAAAAUCAUUCCAAAAACAACUUGAUCGCUCACCGUAUACAGCCUUCCAAUACUUCUUCCAAAUUGAAGUCCAGAAAUUACACAACGUCUCAAAGUACGACGAUAUUACAAAUUACGUAAAAGGCAACAGUAAUUUUAAAAGAUUUACAAGAAAUGAAUGGGACAACAUGUCAUUGACCAAGAAGAGGCUGUACUAUGCAUCAUUUUGCCAGUCUAUGAACAUUGAUGUUUGGAAUGUCAGUAAAGUUGAACUCGCCAAAAGGCUAGAGAUUCCUAUACCAGCGAUGAGUGAAUACUUGUUUUUUAGAAACAAGUUCAAGUUGAAGUUUGACUCUCACUGGAGCGCUUUGAAACCUAAUAACUAUAAGGGUCACUCGAAACCAUCUACCGCUAAAAAAAAUGUUACAGAACCAUACUCAAGAAGCCGCACCAUCACAUCUAUGAACAAUACGAAACCUCGGAAACGGUUGGUCGCGAUGAAGAGAAUUUCUUGUUCAGAGAACUUUCCAAAUGGUCAGUCUCAUGACGCUCAGAAGCAUCUUUAUGACUACAUGAAAAGGUUUCAGCUAAUGUGUAAAGAAUGCCGGUAUGCUUGGAACGAAAAGGUUGACUAUAACCAAAAAUUGGAAAUAAGAAAGAAAUUACAGCUAUGGAGGUUGAAAUUUGAGGAGAUGAUGGAUAAUGAAAUACAAAUAUUGCAAAACAACAUGGAUACUAUGUCAAAAUUUGGACACAGAAGCGAAGCAUACUUCUUAACGUCGGAUCCUGAUACAAAUGCAUUACCAAAUAAUAUUCUUCCCAUGGCGUUUUUGCCAAAAAAAAAAUAA